UACAAAAAUCCUUUUCUCAACGCCAUCUACCGCCUUCUGCCAGUUUGCGCCCCUGUCGCUCUGCAGAAUCAUACGAGUUAAACCUGGAGAUCAACCAGGCAAUCUAAGGUCCAACAGCUUCAAUGAACAAGAAAGCCGACCUCGUCUUUAUCCCUACACCAGGCGUCGGCCACCUCGGCUCCACCGUGGAGCUGGCCAAGCUCCUCGUCCACCGCCACCAACGCAUCUCCAUCACGGUCCUCAUCAUGAAAUUACCCUCCGACUCCAAAGUUAACACCUAUCUAAACUCACUCUCUGCCAGCGACAGCAUCAACUUCGUUCAUCUGCCAAGCGAUGACCUUCAAGGAUUCGACCCCAGAAGCUUCUUCACCUCGUUCAUUGAAUCUCAUAAACCCCUCGUCAAAGAAGCCGUCUCUAAACUUGUUCACUCCGAGUCAGCCUCCCAUGACUCACCUCGACUCGCCGGGUUUGUCCUCGACAUGUUUUGUACCAGCAUGACCGAUGUUGCUGAUGAAUUUGGAGUUCCUAGCUAUAUUUUCUUCCCACCCAGUGCAGCUUUUCUGGGUUUUAUGCUUCACACGCAGGCUGUUUAUGAUAAGCAGAACAAACACACUGCUGAGUUGAAAGACUCGGAUUCUGAGUUGGAGGUACCGAGUCUUGUUCACCCAAUGCCUGCUAGAGUUUUGCCUUCGGUAUACUUGGAGAAAGAAGGGUCCAUGAUUGUGUUUGAGCAGGUGAGGAGGUUUCGCAGAGUUAAGGGUAUUCUUGUAAAUUCGUUCAUGGAGCUAGAAUCCUAUGCAAUCAAGUCUUUCUCAAAUGGUGAAACCAAAAUCCCACCCGUUUAUCCUAUAGGACCCGUUUUGAAUCUUGAGGGUGAUAGGAUUGCUUUAGGGUCAAGUGGGUCAAAAGCAGAGAUCAUGGAGUGGCUUGAUGAUCAGCCGGCAUCGUCAGUUGUGUUCCUAUGCUUUGGGAGCAUGGGAAGCUUCGGUGAGGAACAGGUGAAAGAGAUUGUCUAUGCGCUCGAGCAGACUGGGUAUCGGUUCUCGUGGUCUCUAGGUCAACCUUCUUUGAAUGGUCAGUUUACUAUUACAAGUGAUUACACAAAUCUAACAGACGUGUUACCCGAAGGGUUUCUCUAUCGAACAGUUGGGGUUGGAAAAGUAAUCGGAUGGGCCCCACAAGUGUCGAUCUUAGCCCACAAGGCAAUCAGAGGGUUCGUAUCGUAUUGCGGGUGGAAUUCAAUUCUAGAGAGUAUAUGGUUUGAAGUUCCAAUGGCGAUGUGGCCGAUAUACGCGGAACAACAAUUCAAUGCGUUUGAGAUGGUGAUUGAGUUAGGAGUAGCGGUGGAGAUUAAAAUGGAUUAUAGGAAGGAAUUUUCGGGAGAGAAUCAGAUGAUUGUUAGGUCAAGGGAGAUAGAGAAAGGAAUAAAGAAAUUAAUGGAGGAUGAGAAUGGGAUAAGAAAAAGAGUAAAGGAGAUGAGCGAUAAGAGCAAAAAAGCCAUGAUGGAGGGUGGAUCUUCCUUCACUUCAUUGGGGUGCUUCAUUGAUGAUGUCAUGAGCAAUUUGUCAUAAAAGCAAUUUCGAGAACAUGGUUUUGGCUAUCGUGUUAUUGGAGAGAGUAGACUUAUAGUUCUGUUUAAGCAAGCGAGAAGAUAUAAAGGAUUGAAGGG